AUGUCGUCGCGGGGUGAAUGGCGCGAGACCAAGUGGGUGUGUACCACCCAUCUGGAGCCCGCGGUCGCAUCCAAGGCUGCGUCGGAGGAACCCGACAGGUUCGCCCGCGCGGUCACGGCGCUGGAGCGAGCGCUGGAUGUCGCCAAGUCCACAGGCGACUUCGCCUCGGUGCACAGUCGCUUCCAGCCGACAUCGCAGUUCUUCAGCGCCCGGACGGGUCUGAGACCCGAGGAUCUGACGCGAUGCGCGCACGUGGCCAUCGACGUCAUGCACGCGGUGGACGGGGACGUCAGCUCGCAGGCGCGUUGGGGCACCAUGGCGACUCGGGUGAUGGAAACUCACGGGAAGAGGCUCCGGCUUUCGGUGGACUGGCGGCCGCUGCACCGGCUCCUCAGGGCGUACCUGGACGGAGAUAGCGAGGGAUACAACGGCGCAAUACCCCUCGCGGUGCAUCAGGCCGUGGUGAGCAGGCUGGCGAGGAAGUCCAGGCGGCACUUCGCCCCCGACGCGCCCGCCCAGAUCUGGGCGAUGCUCGAGCCCGAGAUCCGCGCCGUCGACACCGCGGACUGCUUCGAGGGGCUCGGCAUGCUCAACCUCCUGAUGCCCUGUUCAAGGGUGGGCGAUGACGACGACACCAACCCGUGGGACGAGUGGGUCGGCACGUGGGUGCGCAUGUCGCAGUGGAUGCACACGAACUCCUUCUGGCUCGCCGCGUGGCACGCCAUCUUCGCGCAGCUCGCCAAGCACGACGUCCGCGGGCGAAUAGACUGGUCCAAGCACCGCGCACACAUGCACACCACGUCGCUGUGGUUCAUGGAAUUGCCAGUUGGGGGAGGGGAGGGUCCGUGCCCGUUCGGCCGGCGGUCGCCGACGAGGGCGACGUACUUGUUCAACAGGUUCGUCAACGAGGAUGGGAUGCGCGUCAGGACCGCCGCCAAGGCUAUGGUGUACAGGCUGGGUACCACGUCUGUAGAGGCUACGGUGGACGGGAAGUGCCCGGACACGGACGCGAUGGAAGCCAUCGUGGACGUGGCGGAGACGUACGCGCAUCCCAGCAACAACGGCCGGUGGCACCAGAACAUCGCUCUCUUUGUCCAGCACUCGGUGCGGUACUUUCGGAAACGCUGCGCGAGCAAGCGCCACGUCGACUCGGCGCCCGUGUCCGACGAGCUGAAACGAACGUUCGCGCGGUGCAUGAUGCGGCUCAUCGACCCGGGGAUGUACAGCAAGAACGGCAAGUUCCGCGUGGUGGCGUCCAGCUGUGCCGGUCAGCUCGCGUACUUGUGUCCCGCCGCCGUGCUCCCGAAGGUGAUGACGAGGUUCCAGGAGGCGAUUGAGCACUCGACCGCGACGCACCAGCUCGCCGCGGCGCUCUCCGUGAUGACCUCGUGCCUCCGGCCCAUGCUCCUCGCGCCCCCCGAGGCGUUCGCCGGCGGCGAGGUGCCACCCCCCGCGGACUACCUCGCGGCGGUGCUGGACGCGACGCUCCCGGGCGUGGACGCAAACGACUCUCACAAGACGCUCGGCACGGUGAGACUGUACGCGUCGGUGGUGAGCAACUUUGGCGCGCUGGCGGACCCGGGGGAGGAUGGGGCGUGCGAAGCGUUUCCGUUCUUCUGGUCCGACUGGAUUCCCGCGUUGUUUGACCGUUUUUUUGCGUUUUUCCGCAACGUGGACCCCGGCAACGCGAGCAAGAGCGACGGGGCGGAUAAGCACAGGGGCGGAGCCGGCGGCGACGGCGGCGCGAGCUACCUCAUGGGAACGUCCUCGAUGUACUCGCCGCUGAUGCGCUUGAUAUUCGCGCGAAUGCAUCCCAAGCUUCGGCCGAGGGCGGUCCGUCAGCUCGCGCAAUUCGCGCUCACCAGCACCCACAGCGGCCUCACCGGCGAGGUUGGGCAGAUGGUGAUGGCGGCGGCGACGCAGGCUCCGGAGGAGGCGGUGCCCAACCUGACGGUCCCGUUGCUUCGCGCGUUGGCCGCGGAGAUGGACGACGUCGCCAGGUUGGUCGCAGACGGCGUGGUGGAGGCGCACCAGAUCGUCUCACCGACGAAAGAGGCGAAACUCAAGUGGCUCACCGGGUUGCUCGGCAGCGCGUUGCACAAGGGCGGGCCGAGAAUUGUCGAGAUUUCAUCCGACGUGUCCGCCGUCCUUCGGUCCAUGUUCGAGCUCAGCGUCACCGGCAAGUCGCUUCGACUCGCGGAGAUGGCCGCGCAUCUAUCCUCGAUGCUGUGCGGCGCUCUGACGGGGACGUACAUCGACGACCUGUUCGCGGCGGAUGACGCCGACGCCGCCGCCAUGCCCGCGCGCUGGGUCGCUUCCAAGACGAGGGAGGGCGAGAGCGACGACCUCAUCCCGAGUCGGUUCAACUGGCGGCGCCCGUCGCCCGAGGAGAUCAAGGUGGCGACGGAGGUGGACGCCGAGUUCCUUCGCGCGCCGGCGACUUUGCUGCUCGACGCGCUGGUCGGCGGCGAAGGCAAAGGCGGCGAGGGGAACGAUCCCGACAUCGGCAAGGAAAAGGUUCGCGGGGCUCUCGCGUCCAUCGGCGGCGUGGUCAGCGGCUUUCGCACCCGCCUCGAGGAUUUUCAGCCCGUCUCUGUGGAGCCCGCGGAGGUCAUCGUCGGCGCGCAGGACGUCAUCGCGGUUCCGAUUCCGGUGCAGUCGAGGGCUCUCGCGUGCGACGCCGUCGCCGCGGUGCUGGAGAAGGUUGGCGCCGACGACGUGGAGACGCUGGGUAUGGCGCUCUUCGUCGCGGAUAAGCUCCUGGCGCCGCACUCGCAGGACUUCCACGGGAUCAAAUCGGCGCUGCGCACGUGGCACGCGGACGCCACCGCGCUGACGCAGCCCAAGCUCGCGCCGGACGACCGAAAGGUUCAGCCGCGGUGGCUCGUGGCCGAGUACGCCUUUCUCCGCUUUUUGUGGAGGGGCAGUCAGGCGGCGUAUCACCGCGGCGGGCCUGGGGCGGACCACCCGUCGCAUCCAUCCUUCGUCAGGCUCGUGGAACAGUGCCGACGCAUGUGCCUGCACAAGUACAGCAGCGUGAGAGCCGCCGCGAGGUGCGCCACGGAGGGUGUCAUGAAACGGUUCCCCGACUCAAUCCCCAGGCUAUGCGACCCCGCGAAGCAAGCGCUCGCCGCGAAACCCGCCGACGAGGACAGGUGCGUCGCCGCCUGCAAGCUCCUCAAGGCGACCACGUCGGUGAACCGAUUGCGGACGGACCCGGCGCACUUCCGGUCGGUCGCCGCGGCGCUCCUGGGAUCGUCGCACCACGACGCGGAGAAGGCGCAGACGGCGGUGAACGAACUGUUUCUCUCCAUAGCCAUCCGGUUCAGCCGGUCGCACCUGCGUCACACGGAGGACGACGUGUACGAGCUCCACGCGGAUCUGAGGGCGGCGAGGGAGCUCAUCUUCGGGAUGAUGUCGCCGACGGAGAAGGACCCGGUGGCUGCCGCGGCGGCGGCUAACACGCGCCGGCUCAGCGGCGGCGGCUCGGCGGAGGCAUCAUCCCCGAUGGACGUCGACGAGGCUGACAAAACGAAAGUCACCGCGCUGCACUGGAGCUACAGCCUCAUGGCCAACGCGCUGCUCCUGUUCCUGGUGCAUCCCAGGCUGGACGACGUCGAGAUGUCGCGUCUCACGUCCUACGUCAUGUCGUGCCUCCUCGGCGACCUCAAGGUUAUUCGCAUGCCCGCGGCGUGCGUGCUGCUGAUGAUUUCGCGGUUUGAGAGCUUCGAGCGCGCGGGCGCGCCCGUCGUGGCUAACGUCCUGUCCUCGCAGCCCGGCGCGCUCGCGACGAUCGUUACUAACCUGGGUCUGUGUCACAGCGUCGGCGAUGGAGCUGGGGGCGCGCGGGGACCGCAAGGCCGGGCCGACGCGUUGGUUCAAGCCGCCGAGAACCUCUACGGAGCCGGGUCCGACAUGAGCGGCAAACCGUGGCCCCGGACGAGGGCGUGCGACGACCACGUCCUCGUCGGGAGCUUCGUGGUGGCGUGCGCGAGGCUCUUCGGGCUGUUCGCGCGCGUCGCCCCGCGCGUGGUGUGCGACGAGCUCGAGGCGCCCCUCUUGCGUUUGGCCUUUGCGGAUGGGGACCGGGGCGCGAGGUGCGCGGCGGCCGAGGCCGUCGCGGGUGUCCUCGCGUCCCGCUCGCCCCCACCUUGGGCGGCGCCCCUUCUUCUCAGGGCUUUCGACGAGGCCGCGAACGAUUCCACGGAGGAGUGGCUCCGCGCGGCGAGGCGUCUCGAGGCUGCGCUCAUGUGCGUCGCCGAGCUCGCCGCGCCGCCCGUCUCCGACGCGUCCAUCGCGUUCCAGGAAUCGUUCAUGGACGAGCUCCUCGCGACUGGCGAGUCGAGCCCGCUCGCGAACCCCUCCAGGGCUACGCGGGACGAGGCGGCAAAGUUGGCGGCGCAGCUCAUCGGCGCGCACGGCGGCGACGACGAGGACGUCGCGUGUGUUGGGGUGGAUCACGAGAGGUUGCACGCGGGUCUGCGCGCCAAGGCGAACGCGCUGCUGGCGCAGUUCGUGGAGUGCGCCCCCGACGCGUGCAGGGAGGCGCUCGAGCGCCGACCCUCCGAGUCACCGAGCGGGGGGGAUCCCGACGAUCCAAAAGGCGUCGUCGUCGUGGACCUGGACCGUCCGUCCGAUCCCCAAACGAAGGAGGGAGAGGGGUUCAAGGCUCCCGAGGGGCGGGGCCAGCACUGGCUCGAGGGUUCGUUCCUCACGGUGAUCCAGCUGGCGAAACACGGGGGCGUCGCGAACGUCGCGGGUUCCGUCGCGAAGAUGCUCCCGUUUGUCCUCAAGGUGCAGGAGUGCCCGGACCGGGAGUUCGCGCUCGUGGCGAAGCGAACGCUGACGUACCUCAAGUACCUCGUGUUUCCGCGGCGGCACCUCGCGGCGGCGGUGGCGGGCACGCUGGAGGGGAUGAGGGAUUCCAGUCAGUGGCACGCGAGAGCCGCGGGGCUCAAGUUUUGCCAGGCGUUUUCCUACCGCCACUCGUUCACGCUGUCCGAAGACGAGAUGGCGGCGCUGAGGGACGAGACGUUCGAUCGACUGUGCGACGCGCAGAUCGAGGUGCGAUCGCUCGCGAGGGACACCCUCGUGGGAUUCUUGAAGGGCGUCGGGGCGGUGAGCGCCGCCGCGGCUGGAGUUCGAGCUCGAUGCCUCGCCGCCGCCGCCGAGCUGCCGCCGCGGAAGCGAGGCCGACCCCCCCCGAACGGAGGAGGCGGCUCCGCCGGCGAUCGACUCGACCCGUCCGGCGGCGGGAGGGAUACUCCCGACGAGGACGCCAAGGCGGCGCGGCACGGGUGCGUCCUCGGUCUCAGCGCGUGCGUCCUGUCCGCGCCUUACGACGUGCCGGAAUGGAUGCCGGAAGUGUUGGAGGAGCUCUCGCGCCGCGCCAACGAGCCGAACCCGGUCAAGGACACGGUGCGACUGGCGUUCUCGGAGUUUAAGAAGACGCACCAGGACGCGUGGGCGGAGACGCGCGCGGCGUUCACGAGCGAGCAGUGGGAGACGAUAUCGAUGGGGAUGGAGUUGGCGCCGAGUUACAUCGUGUGA